UAGGGUUUUAGAGAGAGAGAGAGCAAAAAGAAGAAGAAGAAGAAGAGGAGGAGAUAUAUGCAUUCUUUUUUCUCCAUUUCCUUUUCACAUAUGCAACAGAGAUUAUUAUUGUUAGUGGGUUGGAAAUCGAUUUCCAUGCGAAGGGUUGGAUUUGGGGUGAAGUACUUUGGGUUCCAGCAUAUAGAAGCGUGUAAUUUCCUCUUCAUCUUCUUAAGAUCUGGAUUUGUUCCUGAUUAUUUCGAUUUUUGUUGAGAAUUUUGAUCGAGAGAGAGAGAGAGAGAGAGAGAGAGAGUGAGAGAGAGAGAGAAAGUAAAUGAAAAUGAAAAUGAAAAUGUCGGGGUCGAAGCGAAGGGUUAAUAAUAAGAGGUUGGAGUCGACGAACCAGAUCGAAUCUCGGCCGUCGGUGAGGAAGGUUCGGGUCGUGAUGGACGACCCAGAUGCGACGGAGUCGAGCGAGGACGAGGGAGGAGUCGGCGGUGGGAGGCGCGUCGUUGCCGAGUUCUUCGUCUACCCGAUAAACCCUAACCCUAACCCUAAAACCCUAAUGAAGAGAUCGAGGGCGAAGAGGAGCUUACCGAAGAACCCGAAGUCGUCGUCGUCGUCGUCGUCGUCGUCGCCGUCGCCGCCGAGGUCGUCGUCGCCGCCCUCCGCUCGGUUCAAGGGUGUGCGGCGGCGGAAGUGGGGGAAGUGGGCGGCGGAGAUCCGAAACCCUAAGACGCGGACGCGCCUCUGGCUCGGCACCUUCGACACCGCCGAGGCCGCCGCCGCCGCCUACCAGGCCGCGUCCCGCCGCUUCGCGGAGGAGCUCGCCGGCUCCUCCCCCUCCGCCGCGGCGGAGGCGUUCUCGGCGCCGUCGCCCUCCUCCGUGCUCGACCUCUCCUCCGCCUCCGCCUCCUCCUCGGCGGCGGAGGGGGAGGCGGCGCCGGCGCCGGUGAAGACGGUGGCGGAGCUGAUGGAGGAGCUGGGGCUCCCGUUCCCGUACAUCGGCCUAGGGUUUGAUGGGCUCGAGAAGGGCGACGACGAGCUGGGCGAACUCGGCGACGACGCCCUGUUCGGUGCCGACUUCGACAUCGGCGAAUUCCCCGACGUCGCCGACUUCUUCAAUCUCGACGCGUUCGCGGAGCGCGAGCUCCAAACCUGAUUCGCCCCCCACAAUUUUCCGAAUAAUCUCCAAUUCACCCCCCCUGGUUUUACGCCCUUUCACUCUGCCACUUUUUUCUUUAAAAAAAUUCACACUUUACUCCCUCAUAAUUUUAUCUUUAUUUACAAAUUAAGAUAUACGGUUAGUAAUUUUAAAAUCUAAAAUAUAUAAUUUUUUGAACCGGAGGGCGGCAAAGUGGGAUGUGUUAUUAUGAGAAAGUGGAGGGGCUAGGAUGCAAAAUGUGCAACUGUGAGUAGGUAGGGUUUUUCCCAGCUGUAAUUGAGCUGGCCCUAUUGAGAUUUUUUUUUUUUUUUUUUGGGUCCUCUCACUCCACUCCUGAGUAAUUAGGGCUACGAUUUUGUCCCUCAAUUUUUUAUGCUUUAUAAAUAAAUAUAAAUAUAUUUAUGAACACUUGAAUGGAA